AUGGCUAUCUACUCCAGGGACGAGGCUUUGAUGUGCAAAGUUUUUCCAUCGAGUUUGGGUCCGACGGCGAUGAGGUGGUUCAACGGCUUAAGAGCCAAUUCUGUUGGGUCUUUCAAAACACUGACUCAAGCUUUUGGUGCUCACUUUAUCACAUGCAGCAGGACUCCUCGGCCCUUGGGAUCUUUGCUGGCUCUGUCUAUGCGAGAGGGCGAGACUCUCAAGAAUUACUCAGAUAGGUACUGGGAAAUGUUUAAUGAAAUAGAGGGAAAGAACGAUGCUGUGGCCAUAACCAUUUUCAAAGCUGGCCUCCCAACUGAUCACGAUUUAAGGAAAUCCCUGACGGGUAAAUCUGUCACCAGUAUGCACCAAUUGAUGGACAGGAUAGAUAAGUACAGAAGGGUAGAGGAAGAUCAACUUCAGGGAAAAGAAAAGGCCAAAGUGAUCCCUCAGGAGAGGAGGGAUUUCAGGUCGGACCGUUAUAAUAGCAGCCGACCCCGGAGGGAUUUUGUUGGGCAGUCGGGUUCAGUGGACACGAUGGAUAAUUGCAGGAAUUUAUGGGAUCACUUGGAACAGUUGGUCCGUGAAGGGAAAUUAAAACAACUCUUGCAUCACUCCAGUGGAAGGGCGAGCCAAGCAGGUUCAGAGGUGCGUGGGGACGCUUCAUCAAGACUCCCUCUGGGUACGAUUAACGUCAUCUUUGCUGCCCCGGGAAGGACUGGGUCUUACCCCUCCAAGAUAUUGUCGGUGUGCCGAUCCUCGGCCGAGGAUCAUUCCCAAGCAUUGAAGAGAGCCAGGGUGUGUGUCCCCCUGAUUUUGGGCUUUUCAGAUGAGGACAUGGUUGGGACCAUACAGCCCCAUGAAGAUGCUUUGGUGGUAACGUUGAGAAUUGGCGGGUACGAUGUCAGAAGGGUGAUGGUUGAUUAG